AAGAGAAUUAUGGUGCUGGGAGGAUCGCUAGCGCAGGAAAAGACACAAAUGAUGCGUAUUAAAGGCACCCUGUCUUGCGUGAUAUUGUAUUGUUCUGGAUCCGGAGUAUAAUAUUACGGACCUGUAGCUGCAGCCAUUACUCAAGAGAGCCAAGAGCUGGGAGUCAUGAGAUCUUCAGCCUUGGGAAGCAGCUGAAGCAGAUUUCUUUUGAGAAAGGAUUUUCUUUUAAAAAAGGGAAAAGAAAUCACCAUGGACAGCCUGCAGAAGGACAGCCAGUCCAGCAUGCCAUUGGACAUGGCGGGCGGCCAAAGCACGGGCAGCGGUGGUGGGGAGGGCAACGGCGGGAACGGCAAGCUGGAGAACAGCAUGACCCAGCUGAUCACGGCCGAGGCCUGGAACAUCAACCCCAGCGGAUUGAUGAAGAAGGCCCUCUCCCCCAUGGUGGCCGUCUCAGCCCCCUCUGUGGUCAGUCCCAGUGCCGAUUCUUCCGGAGGGGUAGCCUUGAAGGUGGCUGCCACCGUCCUGCAGCCCAUCUGUCUCGGGGACAGCCCGGUGGUGCUCCCCAUCCACCUCCAAAUGGCCGGGAGCACCGCCCCCCAGGUCAACCAGACGGCCAGUUCUCCCUACCUCAUGACCAGCCAGGGUCCCGUCUCCCUGCCCUUGGUCUUGGAGCAGCAGGUGUUCCAGCACCUGAAUUCUCCCGUUCUCCCGCCUGGUGCCCCGUGUCCCACUAUAUCCCUCCAGAACAAUGUCCUGUGCCACAACUCCUCUCUCUCUUUCAGCCAGCCCUCCCCCUUGGACCAAAAGCCCAUGGGGCAGGUGCAGGAACCCGGCGUCCUGCCCCUCUUCCAAAACCCGGGACUGGCUGCCAUUUUGCAGGACAUGUUCCCAUCCCAGAACAAUUUGGGCUCCUCGCCUUGUCACCCCGCUGCCCCUCCCCCGGUUGACCCCUUCUCUUCCUCCACGUUCUUCCCACAGCCCCCCCUCCCCCAUCCAUAUGGCUCCCUGCUGUCUCCCCUGGUUCCUCCCGCCACCCUGCUGGUCCCAUACCCCGUCAUUGUACCCCUGCCAGUUCCUCUACCCAUCCCCAUCCCAGUCCCCAUCCCCAUCCCACCCAAUGCAGAGUCCAAGGGUUUUGCUGACCCUCCUAGGGUGGUUUGCACUUUGAGCAAAAGCACCCAGACUAAUGGCAAGGAUAUCCCGAGUCUCUCGCAGAUUUACGGCAGGGAAAUGGCUCAGCUGGUCCCACAGUUGGACUCCCCAUCCUGUGUUCCCAUCACCAGCGGUGAAGUUCUAGACCUUUCUAUGAAGUCUCCACCAUUUCAGACCAAGCAGGAAGUCCUGGUUCAGCAAGAUAGUGUCCUUGAUCUAUCAGUGGCCAGCGUGAGGAAACCAUGCAUCCAGUCAUACAUUAGCAAGGAUGUAGGAGUUGAGCUGGACCAUGCCUGCCGCUCGGGUGAAGAGACGACACAUGCGGCCUUGUCUCUGGAGGUCCUACGUCCCAUCGAGCAUGCCCAGAAGCUGGACUCCAAAAUCCUGAAUGGCCUGGCAUCCCUGGAGUUCAGCCGGCAGCACAAGUGGGUGAUGGAUGGGGGUGGAGGAGGGGGUGGAGGAGGAAGGCCUGGCUGUGAGCCAAAGUGUGGCGGGGGCAGCAACUUUGAGAUCGUCAGCACUUCCCAGACAGCCAAGGUCAUCGUGUCGGUGAAGGAUGCCGUCCCAGCCAUCUUCUGUGGAAAGAUCAAGGGGCUUUCCGGGGUCUCCACCAAAAACUUCUCCAUCAAACAAGAUGCCAAUCAGCAGGCUGUGUUGCAGCAGUGCUUUGAACGGAAGGCCCAGGCCGAUCCCCGGGACCCCAUCGACCCCCUCAAAAAGACACCCAAAAACAGAGCCAUAAAGUUAAAAAAGGUAAACUCCCAGGAGAUACACAUCCUCCCCAUCAAGAAACAACGACUGGCUGCGUUUUUCCCCAGAAAGUAAAAGUUGGGCUUGUCUAAACCGUGGUCUCCUGUGAAAACGUACAACACAAGACCGCAUUAUGCUGUUUUCUCCACAGUUAAGGGCAAGCAAUAUAGCCUUGGUUGCCUUUGCAAACACUUCAAACUUCAUCAGUCAAGUCCUCAGAAAGCAGCUUUGUUUCACAGAGUAACAACAACUUACUAGCAGAAAAGUACAUAUAUAGUUCCAUAGCCAAAAUGCCUGUGGGGUGAUCUACUUAGAAGUAUUGGAAUGCUUCUUUAGCCACAUCAUGAAUACGUAUUUGUUUUGACAGUAAAUAUGUCCUCAUAGCAUAUUCCCUCAUUUACCAUCAUGAGCAUAAUAUUGUGUAAAUUUACCCAGUUGCUCAAGUGACCCUUGAUGGUAUAUAUUUCUAACCUUAAAAUGAAAAUAAUCUUAUAUAUUUAACUUGCCAACUUCAUUCCAGCUUCAUUAAGCACCAUAUAACUAUAUAUUGAUGGCUUUGGGGGUAGAUAAUCACAAUUAGGUCUUGAAUUUGACUUCCUAAAUCUGCUAUCAGUUCACUGAGAAGCCACAUCUCAGAAAUGUACUGAACCAGAGGAUAUUUCAUGAUGCAGAUUGAUGUCAGAUUGAUGAAAUCUUGGCAAAGACAAAGCCCUGUUCUCUUUACUUAUAAUGAAUGCCAAGCACACCAUUCAUGAUGUCAUCAAAGAAUAAUACUAAUUAGCUCAUAAAGGGAGAAAACAGAUGAACACCCCACCUCUCUCCCUCCUAAAAUUUGCAAUGAAAUGAUGCCCAAGGGCUAUCUUAAGGAAAAUAGCCCAGUGAGCAGUUUGAGUCAACCUCUUUUGCAUUAUUCACAGUAAAUGUAAAGCUUAAGAACUUCCUUUCAUUAAACUCCGAACAUAUACAAGAUGCUCACACAUAUACAUAAGUCAGCAUUUUAAAUGGACAUUUUGAAUUUAAAUCAUUUCAACUUUGGAGAAGUGCUCCUCAGCCAUCUUUUAUUUGAACAAAAGAAGCUUUCAGUGUCCAGCUUUGACGCUGCAUGUUGUCUAUCACAAAGCCCAGAAAUGAUCCAAAAUGUUUGGAGAAAGUGAAUGGAAAUGUUGAUAUGUGUGAUUACAGAACUGAAUCGAACCAUGAGUUCAGCCUCAGUCUGCAGCACGGUAUUUUCAUCGGGAGCCCUAUGUUAUCUCUGUAACUUCUGUUUGUGUGUAUGUGAGCUCUUCAAAAUGGCAAGUUUUGUUAACUUCUGUGUUAUUGUUUUAAGUAUUUUUAUCUGUUCAUGUUUGUGGUCAGAACUGUAAUGUACAUGUAAGUGCUUAUUCUUAGCAUUUUAGUCUGAUAUCUUAAUUGAUUUUUUUUCUGCACCUUUUGAGGUGAUCUUUUACGAGUUUUUUUAAUGGUGAAAUCAUAUUGCUCUGUAAAGAUGUGAAGACAUGCUUCUGCAUAUAUAUAAAUACUUUUGGUAGGAGUUUUGCAAGUAGCAGGGGCAAAAUGUGAACUCUAUGAAACUAGUGUUGGGAUUGAUGAGAAGAGUAUGAUUUCAGAUGUGUUCUACUUUAGAAUAGUAAUUUAAUUUCACAAAACGAUUGGUCACUUUUUAUUGUUGUAAUUUAUUUUAUUGUACAGUGCAGUUGCACAAGUUUUUUGGAAUGAAAAUAAAAUCAAUUUACUGUUGAGUGCAAUACCAGCUGCUACUUCUCCAAAUAUUUUUAUAAUGUAAUGACAUUGGUCAGACAGAUGACAAGGAACAUCCAGAUUGUAGAUUAGAUAUGGAAAUGUUGACCAGCUGUUGAAAAAAAAGAAGUUCACACAGGCACACAGAAACAGAAGUGUGUGCAGACGUAACAUGAACACACGUGCAGACAUGAAUAUGCAUGCAUACAUACACACACACACCCUUCAGAAUGAAGGAUCCCUUCCCUUGUAUGUGUGAACUUUUCCCUCAAUGCUGUUGUGUUAGAUAAAAGUAGUGUGUUGGCUUUAAGCCAUGUAGGCUUGUAAAGUGUGUGUGGGGGUGGGGGGUUGAGAGGCUGGGUGGAGGGAUCUUGGUGGGGACACAUUUUCCUCUGCACUGUCAGUUGCGAUUGCUAUUAAAACUGCUGGCUUUCUUUGAAAACAAAGAGUAUUUAAGUGUCACAUGACACUGAUCCAAUCUGACCAGUGAAAUAUGUUGGAAAGUAUGACCAAAUUUGAAAAUAUAUCAUUUGUUUAGGUAGAAAAACAGUGCAGGGCCUCAGGGGCCAUUUCAUUAGUUCACAACUAGGUUGCAGUAACAAAACAAAGCAGCAGAGUUCACAAGUACAGGCUAUUAGCUUAUAGAAAAGAAAAAGCAGUAUACCCUCGCCCCUAUGGACAAUCAUAUUGAUAUAUUUUUAUAAGUGGUAGUAUGUUUUCAGCAUGAUAAAAUGAAAAAGAAGGCCCCAUACUAUUGCAUUUACCUGGUACUAGACCUAGUUUUGGAUUGAAAUUGGCCUUGAAGAGGAUCCUGCUAUCAAUGUAUUUAUGUGUUUGUGAUAUUUCAAUAACUAUCCUAUAAAAUCCUUAUCUUGCAAUACAAUACUGUCUUAGAUGUCUUCUAAAAGUGAAUUAUCUAAAAAGGUUAACAUUAGUGGAAUAUCUUGAAAGUAUUUAAUACAUUGACAGUUCUUUCUCAUUUUUGUUUUGACUGCACAUUUGUGUAAGUACAUGCCAGACUGUUAAAGACUGCAAUGAUUACAGUCAUAGUCAUAGUUGCAAUUUUCAAUGGAGAGCAAUUUAUGUUUAAACCAUUAAAGAUCAAGCUAGAAUCAUCAUUGCUACUUAUUGUCAUGUGAAAAAAUAUUUUGUAUACAUUGGUAUUUAAAUUCCUGGAUGAAGAUUUUAUACUGUGAGCCAUAUAAUGGUCCACAUUUUUUUAAGCAAUGCAGCUGGGUGGAUUACAUGAGUGAAAAUAAAAAAGGUUCUGCAA